UGUUUUACACUCAUAAUGUUGCGGGGAUGAUAGUAAAAUUUGGAUUUCCCAUUAGGUUUUGUGCUGGAGACAAUGGUCACCAGUACAAACAGAGACAGGGGUGGACUGAUAACUCAUGGGGCCCCCAGGCAAUAGGGGAUCAUGGGGCCCCUGUGUCCUCACCCAAACUCAAACCACACUCAAAAAAAGCCUAUGAAAGGUACCAGGGGCAUCUCAUGGGGCCCCCUACUGACCCCGGGCCCUCGGGCAGUGCCCGAGUUUCCAAA